CGUGCGUGCGUGCUAUGCUUUUAAACAUAGUUUUGGCAGCGCGAAACGUCAAACCGCCUCGGAGUGGCAAAGUGCGUGGAUCGUUCUGCGAAUUUCACGGAAAAGUUUCCUCGAUCGUCGCUGUUCCAUUCGGUGAUCCCGGUGAGACCCGGAGAAUGGGUCGUACGUGAUCUAUCGCGUGAUCGAUCGUGGAUCGUUUCGACGUAAUAGUCGCAGAGAAGGUCAGCGAGAAAGUAAUCGAAUCCUUUUGUUUUCUUCCUUCCUUCCUUUUUUGCUCCGACGCGAUGGAAAUUUGUGCUCCUUUUGGGUCUCAACGAUUUUUGUGAGUUUUUUAUUUGUUUUUAUUGUGGAAAGGACAGAGUUGAAUGGACAUGAUAAGUGCGUCGGAGAAGCACGACAAAGAGAACCAACGACCGAUGGAGGGUCAGUUUACGGACGACGAAAACGCGCUGGACACACAGGACGAAGAUGCGAUGCCACCAAGCAACAAAACCGCGGACGAGGCUAUAAACGAUGCGUUGUUGGAGAAGCUCAGGAGUUGCGCGUCCAAGCCGCAGGAGGCCGGGGAUACGUUUAGAAACAUCGCUGCCAAGAUUCAUGCGCGUGUCACGUCCUCAGACGAAUACGCGAACGCACGUUGGAGAAAUUAUGGCGCAAGAAUUCAGGGGCCAUGGAGAUCUUCAUCGCCACGCUGGAGAACUGCAAGGAUCACGUGGUCAACUAUAGCAUCGCCUGCAUAAUCCAUAAGUGUAUAUCGCCCAGCUACACCAGAGCCAAGUCCAAAGGGAACAAGAACAAAAGUGCCACAAAUUUCUUAUCGAUCGCAGAGUCCAGCAGCCGGAUGGCGGUGAUGCAGCUGAUCAAUUUAGGCAUCACCCAAGUUCUGCUCAAGCUUCUGAUCAACCUGCAACACGCUGACACCAUUUCCAGCGAGGUCCUCACGCAGGAAGUGCUUUGGAUUUUAGGCCAAGUGGCCCAGAGGGACCAGAGGUUCGCCAUAAAAAUGAAACUGCUUAACGCCAUUAAAGUGUUCCACAUGCUCCUCAAGCAGCAUUACAACAACAGCAAGACGUUGUUGUCAUUGUUGAUCAUCAUGAAGUGUCUUGCUAGAAACUCAUACUCUCUGCAAGCAUUGGUGAAGGACGGGAUAGCCAGCACGUUGGAGAAAACGUUCGUCUCCGUUGGUUACACUCCCCACCUGAAGCUCAGGUUCCUCUUGGAGUGCUUCAAAUAUUUAACAACAAGCAAAUUCUGCUGCACGAAAUUCGUAAAAGUGGGUAUGGUGCAUCUUCUGAUGAAGAUAUUUGAGAGAUGGGAGCGAUUCGACGGUCAGAUGAGGCUGAAGAUCUGCAACAGUGCUCUCAUCACUCUACAGCACCUCUGCAUUAUAAAGGCUGGAAGAAAGGCUAUAAAGACGAACAAUGGACUGCAAGUACUGUACCGGUUCUGCAGCAACUGUCCCGAGGAUAAGGCGUACGAUGGCCUCCUGUCGCGCAUAUGCGGGAUAAUCAAUCAGUGUCUGGAGAAGAAGGAGCUCCCGGUUCCUGAAAUGUCCCCUGCAAGAUUUGUGUUACCGGAGGUGAACAUCAGACCUAACAGCGCCGAAAGCGGUAGCGACAUCGACAGCCAGGCGAACAGCGUGGCGUCGCUCGGGAGGCUGUACAGCGACCUUGAUUCCGGAGAUGACGAGGAAAGCCAAAAUUCAAGGUCGAACGACACCGCCGUCCACGCGGUGGACGAGGUGGACGAGAGCAAAUUCUUCGCUGGCGUUUUCACGUCCCAGAGAUCCGAGGAGGAUCUCAACGAGUACAAUGUCUUCUUCAAGGAACUGGGCAAUCUGCAGUCCCAAGUCUACUUCUCGAAAUUUUCCAUGGAGAAGCUGAUGGAUCCUGUUGACCCUGCGGAGGAGGACAAGUUGAACUCGCGUUGCAUAAAAAAUGGGAAACCGUUCGUAAACGGGAAGAGUCAGACGGGGAGUGGACCGAUCAAAGUAUUCGAGGACAUGUCCUCGAGUUUAACGGACCAGCAAGCCUAUUGCGUGGUGGCCAGCAGAGUCAAAAGCGUCAUCAGCUUCGUGAAGGUCGCUUACCCGGAUCUGGUGGGUGGCGAUGGUCUCUGCACCGAGGAACCGCUGAACAACAAGGACAGGUGGGUCUGUAGGUCCAAGCUCCUCACCUGCGUGGAGCGAGGUCUUCAUGGCGGCACGUUGCUGCAAGAGGUGGUGUACGAUCUCGACGCUGUGGCCUUCAACGACUCUGUCAAUGGCCGAAUCUUCAACGACAGUGGUCUCUGCAACAGGGACGAGAGCAGAGUAGGCAAACGCUGCGGAGACUCCAAGUACUUGCACUUUGAGUCCAGGUUCGAGAGCGGCAACUUGAGGAAAGCCAUUCAGAUAGGCUUGAGAGAGUACGACCUGAUCCUGACGCCGGACGUGAACAGCGGCUCCAGGCACCAGUGGUUCUACUUCGAGGUCUCGAACAUGGAGAAGAGCCUGACGUACACGUUCAACAUCAUCAACUGCGAGAAAGCGAACUCGCAGUUCAAUUUCGGGAUGAAACCGAUGCUGUUCAGCGUGGCGGAGGCUCAGCUGGGCAGACCAGGCUGGGUCAGGACCGGCGCCGACAUUUGUUACUACAGAAAUUGCUAUCAACGACCUACAAAGGGGAAGAACUACUUCACCACAUCGUUCACGGUGAUAUUCCCCCACUCGUACGACGUCUGCUACCUGGCGUACCACUUCCCGUACACGUACAGCCAGCUGAUGAGCAACAUUUGGAAGUGGACCAAGAGGGUCCCGGCGAACACCUACUUCCGCGCUGAGACUCUUUGCGAGACUCUCAACGGAAACGAGAAUCCCCUUUUAACCGUCACGUCUUUGGACUCGAAGAGCAAUCCUAUCGAGAAUCGCAAGGUGAUAUUUCUGACGUCGAGGGUCCAUCCAGGCGAGAGCAACGCCUCCUGGGUGAUGCACGGAACCUUGGAGGCGUUGUUGAGCAACAAUCCUUGCGCGUCUAGCUUGCGGGACGAUUACGUGUUCAAGAUCGUGCCCAUGUUGAACAUCGAGGGAGUGGUGAACGGUUGUAAUCGUUACGGGCUGACGAACGAGGACCUCAACAGACGAUGGAGCAACCCGAAUCAGGUGCUUCAUCCGGUGAUCUACCACACAAAGGGCCUGAUGGAGUACUGCACCAGGGUCCUGCAGAGACCUCCCCAUGUUUUCGUCGACUACCACGGCCAUUCACGGAGGAAAAACGUGUUUCUCUUUGGUUGCUCAAGGUCGGGUUCUUGGAGCGCCGCGGACAGGGCGAAACCGGACCAGCCGGUGCAGUAUUUGAUGUUGCCGCACCUGAUGCAGAGGAUAUCCCCGGCGUUCGCGUUGCCACUGUGCUCGUUCAAGGUCGAGAGGAACAAGGAGUCCACCGCCAGGGUAGCCAUAUGGCGUCAGCUGGGUGUUCCCAGGAGCUACACGAUGGAGAGCAGCUUCUGCGGAUGCGACCAAGGAUCCUUGGCUGGUCUGCACCUGGACACUCAACACUUGAAGACUAUUGGGCAAGACUUCUGUCAGGCUCUGUCCAUGAUGAACCAGUGUGGCGACGACUGGAGCAUAGAUAAUGUUGUUGAACCCAGGUCCCUGCUAGUGGAGGCCUGCUGUCCGCGGAAAUGCGUUUUCCGGAAAUCCUCCAGCAGGGUUCCGAAAUGCAUUCAAGACAAACCCGCGGUCUGCCAUAUCGUUGGGAUUUAGCAAACGAUUGAGUAGAUUUAAGGAUCCCCAUGGGUGAAGGCAUCCUCGAGGAAUCGGUGUGCAUGAAAGAUGAGAUUUCGUCCAGCUGCGAGUCCGACGAGUCCGACUUCGAAACUUAAAAAGACUGCAUCCAGGGAACGGGGACUUCCACGCUGAAAGUUCGCGCAAAGGUCACUUGUAACCUGUUCCGGUCGCGACGAAAUAAAAGUACAACGAACGUUCUGUACACUUUGAAGGAUUUUUAUUUAAAACUCGUAACAAAUUUUAAGUAAUACCUACGAAGAUACACGCUACUUAGAACAGAAGCUCCUAUUUGUAUACGUCUCGAAAAUUAAGCCGCCUGUCGUUAUCUUAAAUGCGAGAAAUUCAGUGUUUUAGAGCCUUGUUCGCAGGAUCUGAGUGUUUUAUAAUCUCAUUCGUGACUAACUGUUCUAUAACAAAACCAGAAGCUUCGCAAAGUGUGUCGACUUCUGUGUACUUUCUGGGAAAUAAAACUUUUUCGAAAACUGCUCGCCAGAUUUAAUACAAGCUCUUAUAAUUCACAUUAAAAUUUUGUGCAUAAAAAUAUAAUAAUUGGCGGAAUGUUUCAGGUAUUCUCUGAGGCUAAAAACGUUUGAAAAUUUCAGUAAGUGGUAGGAAUGCUCGGAGUCGACGUGUUUGUGUAUUUUCUCAAGAACUUGAUAAAAGAUAAUUACAUUAAGCGGGUAUCCCGGCGUUUCUAGAAUACUCAAUCUUAUUCCGGAGAUCUAUAGAUCAAGCCACGUUCCCACUGACAAUAAUUCAGCAACGUUUCAUUUGUUCAAAACAUUCUAUCCGAAGUUUGAAUUCAAGUGCAGGAAUGUGGCUUCGAGUAUUUAGAAAGUAAUUCUAUAUUUCUAAAAUUAAGUCGAAAAGUC